CUGUCAAACAGCUGUUUGCGUGUGCUUCUUGUCUGGUCUGCGACCUUGAAAUUGUUGAAAUUGAUAAAUAUUUUUUAUUUCGUAUCAUUCAUCAUUCAUACAUAUAUCCCAAUCCCAAAUAAAAUAAUCUCAACUCAAUGUUUCUUAUCGGCAUUUUGUCUUGACUCCCGUGUGAUAGUGGUACAACUGGCAACCGCGAUUCUAUUUGCACUAAAUAUUUUGCCAUUUAUUCAAGUGUUCGAGCAGCAUAAUGAUGUGAUAUCAGAGAAAUAGAUAUUUUAUACUAAACCAUUCGCUAGCUAUAAAUUCAAUGUAGAACAAAGCAAGUCGAAAACUGCCAUAUAUCAGAAAAAUCAUGAAGAUUUCUUGAGAUUUGGAGAGAUGGUGAUAAUUAAAUAAAAGACAGUGUUAUCAAUUUAGGUGUAAACAUCAGAUAUCUUAGUCUGAUAAAUUUAUUUGUAAGAAUUAUGAACAGAAGUAAGAACAAUAGUGCCAAAAUCUCAAAGUCUCUUAUUUCUGAAGAAGACAUGGACGCUGAUGGAUAUAGACUCAUAAACAGUGAAAAUAAACCACCUGAUAUUAAAUAUAAUAAAGAAAAUGCAUGGAUUGCUGGAGUGCAAAUGUUUAUAUCAUUUCUGGUAGCUGGGUUUGGCAUGGUAGCUGCCAGUCUUCUACUGGAUUUUGUACAACAUUGGCCUGUUUUCAAGGAAGUCUCAGAAGUUUACAUCUUGGUGCCAGCUCUUUUGGGACUGAAGGGUAAUUUGGAAAUGACAUUAGCAUCACGUUUAUCAACCCAUGCACAUUUAGGACAUCUUGAUACACAUUUGGGUGAAUUAGUUUUUGGUAACCUUUGCCUUAUACAGUGUCAAGCUGUAUUGGUUGGGUUCCUAGCUGCAAUGGCUGCUGUUGCAAUGGGCUGGAUACCGUAUGGAGAGUUUGACAUACAUCAUGCAAUGUUACUGUGUGCUUCCAGUAUUCUCACGGCAUCAUUGGCUAGUUUUGUGCUGGGUCUCAUCAUGAUAGGUGUAGUUGUUAUCUCGAAAAUGAUGAAUAUAAACCCAGACAAUAUUGCCACACCAAUAGCUGCUAGUCUGGGUGAUUUGACAACCUUGGCACUGUUAUCUUGGAUAGCAUCCCUAUUGUACAAUCUACUUGGCACAAGUAUUGUACUAUCAUCUGUUAUUGUUAUUAUUGGCGCAGCUUUAGUCCCUGUGUGUGGGUAUAUUGCUUGGAAAAAUCAAUUCACAAGACAGGCCCUUGAUGAAGGCUGGGUGCCUGUUGUAUCUGCAAUGGUAAUAAGCAGCGCUGGUGGCCUAAUAUUAGAUUAUACUGUAUCAAGAUAUAAAGGGGUUGCAGUAUUUCAGCUAGUGAUAAAUGGUAUAGGUGGCAAUAUGGUUGCUGUACAUGCCUCGAGAUUAUCAACAUCAUUGCACACGGGCCAAAAGGAGAGCUCAGUAUUAAGUAAAACUACUAAAUUGUUAUUAGUGAUGGUGAUACCUGGACAACUAAUAUUCUUGUAUACAAUAGGUUUCUUGAGAGCUGGUCACACAUCAUUGACUGUUGUAUUUAUAUUGGUUUACAUGGCUGCUGCUCUGACACAAGUAUUCUUACUGCUUACCAUCAGUUACUACUUGGUUAUGUGGAUGUGGAAAUUGGGAAUGGAUCCUGACAACUCUGCUAUACCAUAUCUGACUGCUCUUGGUGAUUUACUUGGUACUGCAUUGUUGGGUCUUGCUUUUGUAAUUCUCGAUUUAAUAGGAGAUAAAGAUGCUGACUUAGGAGACUGAUUAUAAAAUAAUCUUGAAUCCAUAUCGCGAAUGAGUUUAUGUAGAACAGAUUGGCCACCUUAUUGUGGUCAGCGACAAAAGUGCCGCUGUCUGCAGAACUUCUUUCAUGACGUGGACUCUUAUACCAUUAUAGACUUUAAUUUGGCUAUUAUUUUUUGCAGUAUACAGUAAGAUAAAUUCUUUGUUAUUUUAGAAUUGUGCCAUGUUGAUUUUUUAAUUGACUAGGUUAUUUAUUAAACUUAUGUACAUCCAAAGUAAAACUGUACUGCCAUUUGAAUAAAAUUCAAAUUACCUAUUUAAAUAGUUAACUACCUAUGUUGUUAUUAGUAUUAAGAUUUAUCUACUCUCAAAUUUUAUUUUAAUAUCUUCUCUUAUACUAAUUAAAAUGUAUAUAUAAUAACUGGAAUUUUGAUGGAACUAUUUGAAACCUCAAGAUGCUGAAGAUGAUUUAUAUAAUUACCUAUAUGAAGUAUUCAAGUACUUAAAUACUUAGCAAUAAAUAUAUCGUAAGGUUAGGAAAGAUUGCCUGCCACCUUCAUUAAAAAUGCUAUUUAGGUCCUGCUAGCUAGAGCAAAUAAGUAGGUAUAUGUACUUACAUGCUGUUAAGAUAAAUUAUUGUACUUAUUUUGUACACAUUUUCAUCCAUCAUCACAUCAGUUUUUUAAAUUCAUUUUAAUAUUAUAUUUGAAUGUACCUAUAUUAUUACUAAAUAAUAAUAAGAGAUGUUUCUUAUUGGUGCUAUACACUUGGCAAAUGUCUAUUUUUAUAUGUAUAAAAUAUUGGUGCAAAAAAACUAUGUACUUUUCAAUAUUUAUAAGAAAAUAAAAAUUGAAUAAAGCCAACACUUUUAGACUUU